AUGACAGAGCCACAUUCAUUGAUUGAGGAGGAUCUUCUUUGUCCGGUGUGCUGCGAGGUUUUCAGCGUCCCAGUUAUCCUGCACUGUGGUCAUAACUUCUGUAAACUAUGCAUUCAGAAAUACUGGGACUCGAAAGAUUCGCGACAAUGCCCUGUGUGCCGUGCAACAGAAAUUACACAGAGGCCUCCCAUCAAUUUGGCUCUGAAGAUUGCUUCUGACUCUUUCAGAAACGAGACAGAAAAGCCCUCGGUCACCGUGGAGGAAUUAUGCCCCACACAUAAUGAGAAGCUGAAGCUGUUUUGUCGCAAGGACGCAAAGCCCAUCUGUCUUAUUUGUCACACUUCAAGGGAACACAAGCACCAUGAAUGUAGCCCAGUCGCAGAGGCGGCUUCUGAGAGAAAGAAACAAGCAAGGCAGACUGAAGCAUUGAUAAAGGAGGAGUUUGAAAAACUGCACUCCUUUCUCAGGGAUGAGGAGUCAGCCCGACUAACUGUGCUACGUGUGGAGGAGUCGAGAAAAACUCAGGAGGCUAAGGAGAAGCUGGAGGACAUGAAUAAAAAGAUGGCAGAACUUACGAACAUCAUCAGAGACAUAGAAAGCAUCAUGAAAGCAGACGACUUGAUGUUUUUAAAGCCUCAAGCCAGUUUUACUUUUCAAGUUGGAGCACUGAGUAAAGACAAAGGGUGUUGCAGGUCCCGCUACCCUAUGCAAGAACCCCAGGAUCCAAAAGGAGUUCUCAUGGAUUCUGCCCAGUACCUGUGUUCGCUUAAGUACAGGGUCUGGAAGAGAAUGGAAGGAAUCGUACAACACUGCCCUGUCACCCUGGAUCCGAACACAGCCCAGCCUAACUUAAUCCUCUCUGAUGAAUACACCAGCGUGACUUACGGAAAGAAACAGAAGGUUCCCGACAACCCGGAACGCUGCAGCAGCCGGAUGGCAGUGUUAGGUAUGGACGGGUUCACGUCUGGGAAGCACUCCUGGAACGUGGACGUGGGAGAAAGCAAAGAGUGGUACAUCGGAUUGGCACGGGAAUCCAUAAAGAGGAAGAGCACGGUUUUUCUGAAUCCUUCUGAGGGCUUCUGGGUGAUUGGCUUGAAUAAUGGUGAAACGUACUGGGCUCAGACCUCUCCCCGCACCCGAAUCACACUCAGACAGAAACCUCAGAAAAUCACUGUUGAAUUGGAUUAUGAAAAGGGGAAAGUUGUCUUCACUAAUGCUGUUGAUGGAAGCCCAAUCUACACUUUCAAAGACAAAUUUACAGAGAAGAUGUUCCCUUAUUUUUCACCUGGGAUUACUGAGGAAGGGACGAACCCAAUUAAAAUAUGUCCUUACAAAGUAUCCAUAAUGUUCUACUAG